GUGCAAUAAAAAGAAAGUUGUACACGUUUAAAUUUCAAUAUGUCCUGUUACUUUCGUCAAAACGCUGACACGCGUGUAACAAUUCCAAAGUAUAUUGAAUCUUCUACUGGUGUCGUCUAUUAUGACAUCAAAGUGCGUGUACACCAGGUGGAGUGGUUGGUUGAACGACGUUAUCGUGACUUUGCGCAGCUCCAUGAGAAGUUGGUAGAUGAAAUAGCCAUCUCAAAAAAGCUACUUCCACCGAAAAAGCUGGUUGGCAACAAAAACCCCGCUUUUCUUGAGCAACGACGUGAACAGCUGGAAAAGUAUUUACAGGAAUUACUUGUAUUCUUUCGCAUCCAAUUGCCUCGCGUGUUGGCAGAAUUUUUAGAUUUUAAUAAGUACGACAUUAUUUACCUACUACAGGACUUAGCGAAAUUGUUCAAUGAAUCUGGGAGCACCCUAUUAAGCUCAAAAAAAGAAUUUAAUUUCUCUGCAUUAGAGGUCUAUGCGAUAAGCGAGCGUUUAUGCCUGCCUUGUCCACCCGAGAAUAUCGAACACCGUGGAAAGUUUGACUUUUCCCAUGUCCUGGACUUCUGUACGCAAUUGGAGGUACUAAUCGUGACGCCGGUGAAGGACAACACGUCCUUUAACAACGACUACAACACGGUCGAUGUGCCUAUCGGGCGUAGCAAUAUUAUACCUAAGAAUCUUCGCUUCACACUUAAUGCAUUCCGUAACGUUAAGACACUCAAAUUCCAUGGGCUUUCCACCGAGAAUAUAGUAGAUAUUGCGAUACUGAAACCAACAAUGCAAACUAUUUGUGUGCACAGCACCACGAUGACACACAUAAAUCAAAUACUUAUGUGCGACAACAUACAUAGAGAUACCGUUGUAGCAGCCGCAAUGUCUGCUUCUGAUGCUGUUUCUUGCACAUCGAAUAGCUCUGCAGCAGCGCAAUCGACCUCGAACAGCAGCUGUGCUGAUGCGCCCAUAUCAAGUGGUUUACCAAACGCGAGAACGAAUUGGAGCAACCUUGCCGAACUGGAUUUGACAGGAAAUCUACUAACACAAAUUGAUGCCAGCGUACGUACAGCACCUCAACUGCACACACUAGUGCUGGAUCAGAAUCGUAUACGCACCGUACAAAGUCUCGCCGAAUUAUCACAGCUGCAGACGUUAUCGUUGUCGGUAAACCUCAUAGCUGAGUGCAUUGAUUGGCAUUUAGAAUUGGGUAAUUUGGUCACAUUGAAUCUAGCGCAGAAUCGGUUGAAAAAGUUGACUGGCCUGCGUAAGUUGUUGUCUUUAGUUAAUUUGGAUUUAAGUUGCAAUCUCAUUGACGAUCUCGAAGAGGUGGAUAAUGUGGCGCGUCUACCGAUAUUGGAGACAUUGCGUUUAACUGGCAAUCCACUAGCGGGCAGUGUGGACUAUCGGCCACGCGUUUUGGCGCGCUUCCACGAACGCGCCGCGGAGAUUUCACUAGAUAGCGAACGAGGCACACCAAAGGAGCUCGACACGGCCUUAGUGCUAUCGGCGUUGCAUACAUCGAAAAUGCGUCAAAUGAGUCGCAAUGAGCAGCGUUAAAAAGCAUCACAGGUACGGUGCCAAAUUCGAAAACGCCAAACUGCAUAGAACACCUAAAAGUAGACAACGCUUAAGAAAGGUGAAAUGCAAUAGCUGGGUCAACUGCUUUUAAAGGUGUACCAAAAAGUUAGUGCAGAAUAAGUUGACAAAAUGUUGAAUAUUUUUAAAUCAAAUCGUUUUGUUCUUCCUGUACGAUACAUUCCCCU